AAGGAAGAGGAGAAGUCUGACGGAUGAAAGCGGCACCUAAUCGGCUGUUAACACACACACACUCUCUCUCUCUAUUCUUCUGAUUUUCCAACUUUAGCCUGUCACUGUCCUAGAUCCAUUCCACACAUAAAGUAGACACAUAUAUAUAUUUUGAUUCGUCCACCCACCCACCUGCACUCUGCCGAAACUCCGAUCAGAUCUCUAUCCCUUUGGUUAGAUCUACAAUGGCCACUAUGGAGAGUUUGAUUGGUUUGGUCAACAGAAUCCAGCGAGCUUGCACUGUUUUGGGCGAUCAUGGAGGAGAGGGAAUGUCUCUUUGGGAAGCUCUCCCUACUGUUGCCGUCGUUGGAGGACAGAGUUCUGGAAAAUCUUCUGUUCUGGAAAGUGUCGUUGGAAGAGAUUUUCUUCCUCGUGGAUCUGGCAUUGUUACUAGAAGACCAUUGGUAUUGCAACUCCAUAAGACAGAAGGUGGAGUUGAAUAUGCAGAGUUUCUCCAUGCACCAAAGAGGCGAUAUACCGAUUUUGCUGCUGUGCGCAAGGAGAUUGCGGAUGAAACAGACCGCAUUACCGGCAAGAGCAAACAAAUUUCUAAUAAACCAAUCCAACUAAGCAUUUACUCUCCCAAUGUUGUGAACUUAACACUUAUAGAUCUUCCCGGGCUGACCAAGGUUGCUGUUGAAGGACAGCAAGAAAGUAUUGUCCAGGAUAUUGAGAACAUGGUUCGAACUUAUGUUGAAAAGCCCAAUUGCAUUAUCCUGGCCAUUUCUCCUGCUAAUCAAGAUAUUGCCACUUCUGAUGCUAUAAAACUUGCAAGAGAAGUUGAUCCUACAGGGGAAAGAACAUUUGGAGUGCUCACAAAACUUGAUCUGAUGGAUAAAGGAACCAAUGCCGUAGAUGUCCUCGAAGGAAGAUCUUACAGACUUCAGCAUCCUUGGGUCGGAAUUGUUAACCGUUCACAAGCCGAUAUAAAUAAGAAUGUUGAUAUGAUUGAUGCACGAAGAAAGGAGAAAGAGUAUUUUGAAACUAGCCCGGAAUAUGGACAUUUGGCAAACAAAAUGGGUUCAGAAUAUUUGGCAAAACUUCUAUCCCAGCAUCUGGAAGCUGUUAUCAGACAGCGUAUACCAAGUAUUAUCUCUUUAAUAAAUAAGACAAUUGAUGAGCUUAAUGCAGAAUUGGAUCGUAUUGGCAGGCCAGUUGGUGCAGAUGGAGGGGCCCAGCUGUAUACUAUUUUGGAAAUGUGCCGUGCAUUUGAUCGAGUGUUUAAGGAACACCUGGACGGAGGUCGACCAGGUGGGGAUCGGAUCUACGGUGUAUUUGACAAUCAAUUACCAGCAGCAAUGAAAAAACUCCCAUUGGAUCGUCAUCUUUCUAUGAAUAACGUCAGGAAAGUUAUUAUGGAAGCAGAUGGAUAUCAACCACAUCUGAUUGCCCCAGAACAAGGUUACAGGAGGCUUAUUGAUGGAUCACUUGGAUACUUCAAAGGCCCAGCUGAAGCUUCGGUUGAUGCUGUGCACUUUGUUCUAAAAGAGCUUGUGAGGAAGUCCAUAGCGGAAACACAAGAGUUGAAACGAUUCCCAUCACUUCAGUCCGACAUAGCAUCUGCAUCAAACGAAUCUUUGGAAAAAUUUCGUGAUGAAAGCCGUAAAACAAUCCUACGGCUGGUAGAGAUGGAGUCCACUUAUCUAACAGUAGAAUUCUUCAGGAAAAUUCAACUUGAACCCGAAAAAACUCCAAAUGGUCCAAACCCUUCCGGCCCAAAUCAAAAUCAAAAUCAAAAUCCUGACCGCUUUACGGACAACCAUUUGAGAAGGAUUGGAUCAAAUGUUACAGCUUAUGUAAAUAUGGUUUGCGAAUCAUUAAAGAAUAGUAUCCCCAAGGCCAUUGUUACAUGUCAAGUUCUACAGGCCAAGAGAAACCUGCUCAAUCGAUUUUACGCCCAAAUUGGGCGUCGGGAGAAGGAGCAGCUUAGUAAGAUGUUGGAUGAGGAUCCAGCAUUAAUGGAGAGAAGACAACAAAUAGGGAAGAGGCUUGAACUGUACAAGUCUGCUAGAGACGAGAUAGAUUCAGUUGCUUGGAAAUAAUAAUAUGUCUGGAGAAGAAGAAAGGUGACAUUCAAAUCCCAACAACACUUAGCACAAAUUUCUUUUUUCAUUUUUUUAACACAACAAUCCCACAUCAUUAUCGCCCAUUUGGGCUAGAUAUUUAAGGGGGAAAGUAAGCAAGAUAUUAUACAAAGCUGAAAUCUAUUUGCAUAUUCAUUUGUUGAAAUCUAUUUUCAGGUUCAUGUGUGUUGUAUUCUCAAAUACUUUCUUUACUGUAUCUUUUUUGUACUGCUUUUGACAUGAUCUUUGACUUUUGGUUAAAGAAUUUUUCAUUUGAAUGAUUGAGAUGCA